AUGGCUCUGUUCGACGCUUGGAUCAGUACGUCAAACGAUCUCAUCCUCUGGAAUCAACAAAACCGCAAGGUUUUUUGGGAUAAGGUCAUCGUCGUAUACAACGCAAAUAAGCCGAGGGGGGCCUUCCGCCGCAACCUGAAGAUGCUUCGAACUCAUUUUGAGCGAGCCGACAGAGAUGUCAAAAGAUUUUGUGGGAUCUACAAGAGGGAAGCGGAGCAAUACCAAAGCGGAGCCAGUGGAUCCGACAUUCUGAGAGCGGUUUUGCGAAUCUUCAAAUCCGACACCGGCAAAGAUUUCAUAUUUCCCGAUGUUUGGGAGGUGGUCAAACAUCUUGAUAUCCUCCACGGGCUCGUGCUCGAACCGCACGAAGCAUACGGCUAG